GAGAGAGAGAGAGAGAGAGAGAGAGAGAGAGAGAACGAAAGAAGCGUCGACCCACCGACUGUCAAAAACGGGCGUCGCGCGACGAGGUCGUCGGCCUGCCGGAAGUCGUCCGACAUUUUAGCAGUGGCAAAAGGAGCGGAGACCACGCAGGUGUCCACGUGUGAACCACUAUAGUCAUCGGCGACCAUCAACCACCACCACCACCACCAUCGUCAUCGCCACCUACCACUACCUCUACCAUCGGCAGCAUCGCCACCACCACAGUUACACCGCCGUUACACCCACCCGCGCGCGACUUUGAUCGUCGCGCCGCGGAUCCGCUUCCUCGGCCGUCGUCGCGUUCCGCCGAUCCCCGCGCGCGGGAGAGAGAAGGAAGGAGGAGAGACGGCGGUUACACUCGAGAGUUUCACGGCCGCGACCCGAUUGCGAUCGGCGAAAGGAAAGAAGGCUCGCGAGAAGAGAGCGAAGAGAGGCAGUAAUCUUCGCGUGCCUACGUGCGUGUGUCGUGCGUGCGUGCGUGCGUGCGUGUGAUCGGAACUCGCGCGCGUCUCUCUCCGUCGCGCCGCCGCGCGCUGUGCGCCUCGCCGUGUCGGUGGUCGCACAGUGCUUGCGCGUCGUGCCGCGCCGCGCGUGCUACUCGUCCUUCUCGUUCCUGUGUGUCGUCAUCGCGCAGCGUUCUCUCCCGCGUUCGACAAAGAAAGCGCGCGAGCGCGUGCUGAACGAGCGCGCUCUCUCGUACAUCCCAGUGACAGCCCACGACGCCGAUAACCGCCGUUCCCUGUUUCGCCUUCAGUGCCCGUUGCGACGUGAGUUCUUCUUUCGCCGGGAAGAGUACAUCCUAACAGACACACAUAUACAUACACACACACACACACGCGCGCAGCAUACACGCGUGCGUCCAGUUUUCGUUUCCCUCCGACCGUCUUCGCGAUCCCUCUUCCUGGUUUCUCCCCCUGAAGUGAAGUGUUGCGACUGUUGAGCAGUGGUGAAACGUACGUGGUGCCGCGCGUUCUACGCAUACAUAUGCAUAUGUAUAUGCACGAGUAUAUUCGUAUCGUCAUCCAGUGUUCGCGACCGUGCGGCUCGCGCGUGUGUUGAGUUUUCUUGUUUUCUUCACCGACCGGACCUACCUGCCUGCCUGCCUGUCUGUCUGCCUGCCUCCGCCCCCCUCCACGAAUCAGUCUCUCUCACACAACACAUACAUACGUACACAUACACGCACGCUCUCUCUCUCCGUUACACUCGGCCUCGCCAGCGUGUUUUCGAGUAUCGUCCGCGACGACGACGACGACGAGGAGGAGAAGAAGAAGAAGCUGACGGCGAGUGCGGCAGACAAAGAGAACACGUUUCUGCACCGUGGGCGACACGCAUCUCCAACGCGUAUUCAAGGUAUCAUCGCACCGCCCCGCCGCCGACACAGCAUGAAGGCUGACAGCGACGCGAAGUGACCGGGCCCUUUCGUCCUCCCCCCCUACCCACCCACCCUCUUUCCGAAAUACGCUGUGACGAGCGGAAAAACGAAGGCUGAAUCCUCCGACUAUAUACAUAUAUAUUUAGAGAAGAAGAGAGAAAAUAACGGGAAAGAACACAAGAAGCAGAGAAGGAGAGAGUGAGAGAGAAAGAGAGGACCGCAACGGAUCACCGCCAAAAGCUAGUAGAAUUUUAGCCGCGAAGCGUGAAAGAGCGUGAAAGAGCACACGAGCGAGAUAAAAAAUACAUAUAUAUAUAUAUAUAUGCACAUAUAUAUAUAUAUAUAUGUAGGAAAAAGAGGAAGAAGCCAGAGAGUGAUAUAUAGGAAACAUAGUGAGAGAAAGAAGAACGAGAGGAAAACCGGAAUAUAUAUAUAUAUAUAUAUAUGUAUAUAUAUGUAUAUAUAUACAUAGUUAUAUAAAUAUAUAUGUAUAUAUAUAUGUAUAUAAAGGCGACUCGUGAGCGUGCGUGUAAAUAAGAGCUAUUUUUCGUAUGAGAGCGAGAAGAGAGGAGGCGGCCUGGCCGGAGAGAGAAGCAAGGAACGACACGUUCGAGCAUCCUCGAUAGACGAGAGAAGAUUUAAGGUGCUCCUCCUGAAGAAGAGAGCCGUCGUCGAGUGGAAGGAAAGAAGCAAAGGAAGAGGAGGAGGACGACUACGACCACGACGACGACGACGGCGACGACUACGGGGACGACGGGGACGACGCGCGGCAGAGGCAACGGUGGAACGAAAGGAUACACCGUCACGGUUGUUUGGACGUUGUUUCGAUGCUCUCCAGCCCGGAUCGCUGGCGUUUCUCCCCUUUACAGAGGAGAUACACUCGCGGAGACUGACCGGGCCGAUAUCCCGUAGAAAUCGCCGAGAGAAAGAGAGAGAGUCCCGUUUGCCAGGCGGCCGGAAGGAUACCGAAAGGGUGCCGAAGGCAGAGAGGAGAAGAAGGGUGGAAGAAGAAGGGGGUGAGAGAAAAGAGGAGAGGAGAGGAGAGGGAGAGAGAACGAUCGUGCGGCAUCGAGAGGACUGGCUGGCUCCAUGUUGUGAGCGUCUGAGGACUGCCGAGGGCAGCAACGAAAGGGCGGGGUAGGGUGUCGCCGUUAUGGAGUACGGUGGCGGGGGCGGCGGGGGACGCGGAGGCGUCCAGCCACCCUCCGCGGGGGCGAGGGGCAUCGCCGGCACCGACACUACCGACGCUGCGUGGCACAAACACGAGCAGAUGAUGCUCAUGGAGUCCAGGCACAAGCAACAAUUGAGCGGGAGGCCAGGGACCGGCGGUGCGCCCCUUUACGGACGUUUGGUGGCCGAGGAACCCAUGCCCCCCGCGGUAUGCGGCGGGGGUGGUGCCACCGGCGGCGGGGCGGCCGGCGGGGUUUCGCAGGAGACCCCCUCGGACAUUCACGCCAUGCAGGCCAGGAUACCCCACAGGUUUCGCGAUCCAGCGACGGCGCCUCUCAGGAAACUCAGCGUCGACCUCAUCAAGACGUACAAGCACAUCAAUGAGGUUUAUUAUGCGAAGAAGAAACGGAGAGCUCAGCAGAUGCAAGGGGAGGAUGGCUCGCAUAAAAAGGAGAGGAAACUCUACAACGACGGCUGGGAUGACGAUAAUCACGAUUAUAUCAUCAAGAAUGGGGAAAAGUUCCUCGAUCGAUACGAGAUCGAUUCGUUAAUAGGUAAAGGCAGUUUCGGCCAGGUAGUAAAAGCGUUCGACCACGAGGAGCAAACGCAAGUGGCAAUAAAAAUCAUCAAGAACAAGAAGCCUUUUCUAAAUCAAGCGCAAAUCGAAGUUAGGCUAUUGGAAAUGAUGAACAGAGCGGAUACCGACAACAAGUAUUAUAUAGUUAAACUGAAGAGGCAUUUUAUGUGGCGGAAUCACUUAUGUCUGGUAUUCGAGCUGCUAUCGUAUAAUCUAUAUGACCUACUUAGAAAUACGAAUUUCCGAGGAGUGUCAUUGAACUUGACGAGAAAGUUUGCACAGCAACUGUGUACUGCCCUCUUGUUCCUGUCUACGCCGGAAUUGAACAUCAUUCACUGUGAUCUGAAACCCGAAAACAUCCUUUUGUGCAAUCCCAAACGAAGUGCGAUAAAGAUAGUCGACUUCGGUAGUUCGUGUCAACUUGGACAAAGAAUAUACCAGUACAUUCAGUCCAGGUUCUACAGAUCUCCGGAAGUCCUGUUAGGAAUACCUUAUGACCUCGCGAUAGACAUGUGGAGUCUGGGAUGUAUUUUAGUAGAAAUGCACACGGGAGAACCUCUGUUUAGUGGGGCCAACGAGGUCGAUCAAAUGAACAAAAUCGUAGAAGUACUAGGAAUGCCGCCGAAACAUAUACUGGACCAAGCGCACAAGGCGCGGAAGUACUUUGACAAAGUCCCCACGGAUGGCUCGUACGUGCUGAAAAAGUCCAAGGACGGUAAAAAAUACAAACCUCCCGGCACGAGGCGCUUGCACGAUAUUCUAGGUGUCGAGACUGGCGGUCCCGGCGGUAGGAGGAUAGGGGAGCCGGGUCACUCGAUUUCCGAUUAUCUCAAGUUUAAGGACCUAAUAGUACGGAUGUUGGACUUCGACCCGAAGACGAGGGUGACGCCGUAUUACGCGCUUCAGCACAACUUCUUUAAAAGGACAGCCGAUGAGGGGACCAACACGAAUAUCGCUGCUGCUAACAGUGCGAGCACGAGUCCGGCAGUGGUGUCGAUGAGCCAGGAUCACGGACUGGUAACUAUGUCGGGACAGGGCAGCGGCGGCAGCAGCAGCGGCGGCAGUAGUCUGCAGAUGCAAGCGUCGAGUCUACCUGGUGGCUACCAGCCCAUGGACUGCGAGUCCUCGCCCCGUCACUCGGGAAGUCGGCGUGCCAUAACAACGGGCUACCCGUCGACGUCGUCAGCCACCGGGGGGGUGCCCGCAUCGUCCGCCCCGAUGUCCAUGCAGUCCAUGGACAGCUCCCUGAUACAGAGCUCUCUCGGAUCGUACAAUAGCCUAAUUCUUCCCGGUAUACCCCAUCUGCCUGCGAUAAUGACCUCGCCGAUGAUUCAGCAGCAGAACUUCUACAACUACGGCUACUCGACGACCGACACGCACGGGAUGGUUAGACAGCCAUCGACAGUGUCGACUAGUAACCAGCGAGAUCCUGAGAGAGAGGAUAGCCCGAUGGUUGGAGUGUGUGUCCAACAGAGUCCGGUCGCUAUCCACUGAGAUGGGGAGGAGAGGGAGAGGAGGGAAGAGAGAAAGGGGUGAGAGAGAGAAAGGAGCAACCGACGGUGGGUGGACAAUACAGCUCGUCGCGAUCGCAGGACCGUGAAGAACAAUCUUAGCCGAUUGAUUGAUUGCGGAUGGAGCUCGUGGCAUGCUUCGAAUGUUUAUCGUGGCGUCGACCGACGAAAGGACGAGAGAUGAGAAAGGACGGAGAAAGAGAGAGAGAGACGGUAGGCGAAACAUCUCGGAGUCGUUCCCCCCGACGCUGCUUUCUCAGCACAGAGUCAAACGACACGCGGUAUCGCGCGCGACACCGACGCGUCAACUUGUUGGAUUCAACCAAUCUUUCGGAUACGUUGGUUUGGCCGAACAAUUCUGAAAAUACACCGAGAAAAAUCUCCCAAGAAGAAAAUCCCAAAAUUCACCGCAAGCUACAGGAGAAGCCCCGGAUCUCUGUCUCUCUGUGCCGAGAGACAACAGAAGCGAGGAAGUGCUCUAGAACAAAAGCUCGGCAGCGUUAAAACGACUACGUGCGCGAACGACAAGUCCAACGUGUGGAGAAGAACGCAAGAGGAGGAGGAACAGGAUGUAAGGAGGAGAGCGAAAGUGCGAGAGGGAAAUUUCCGUUUCCAUUACGUUGCUGUAUUUUUUCGUAUUUUUUACUGAGCUGACUGGCCCUACACAUUGGGCACGGAUAAAUGCGUGUAUACACGAGGAAGAUUAACGAAGAGCUUCGAGCACGGACAGACAGUAAUGGUCUAGUGAGGAUGAACCCAGCUGGCCUCUCGGGUCCUGCCCGAUUCCACAGACUUACUCUGCAAAACUGCGGUUUUAGCGUUAAAAUGCAGCUGAGCAGAAAACUUUCGGCAACCAAACUGUGUGGCCUAGAGAGCUAAAAAGUGAUAAUUACUAUUAUUACCGCAUAAAAAAAAUGGAGAAAAGUAAGAAUUACCAAUGUAAGCAUGUACUCCAAUAGAGUUUUAUACACGAUGUCACGAAUGUAAACGGUUUAGCAUGUACUUGCGAGCAAACCAGUCUCUCUCGCGUCGACUGUUAGUUAUUUGUACAAUACACUUAGGUGAACGAUAAGAGUGCAGCUUUAGGGUUUAGCUUUUAAGUGUGAGAGGAGUUAAAAAAAAGAACACACACACACGGACAUUGUAAACUCGACUCUUUUGUUUACUUUAAUGGAAAACAAAGGAUGUUGCAAACGUCAGUUUGUUGCUAAACAAGGACUUUAAACAAACGAGGUUUGCACGGCUUAACAACAAUACAUAUUUAUACAUAAAGAAAAAAAAAAGCAGUAAUAAGAAAGUUAAAAAAAAGCAGCAUACACGUAAGAUCGAUCAAGAAUGGUAUAAUCAUACGAGAAACCUAGAUACUUUAUAAUAAACAAUACGCGCGUACUCGCAUACAACACACGUUUCCAACGCCAAUCGUCAUUGAUUUUUGCCGUUUGUGCUCCGAUGGUUGCUGCGCUUAUGCCAUUCGCACCAACUCGUAACAAUAUAUAGCUCCCCUUUCGUUUGUUAUACAGAAGACUUACGCAAGCAUGAUUUUUAUUCGGCCAAAUGUUUUUUUUUAAUCUCGGUUAAAAUACGAUUCCUUUUGAUUAUUUAUGUCGACUGUACAUCUAUAUACGUACAUAUAUUGUGACUAGAUGACGAAUAAAGGUAGAAACUUUGAUCUUUUUUUUUUUUCUUUUGCUUAUUAUCGACAGCCACACGAACGUUUUGUCAUUAAGCUACCAAUCGUAAGUGUAGUAUAGUACCUGAAGGCAGACCAUUAAAAAACGCAACCUUAAUAAAACCCUACAGAAUCCAGAUGUUAAAAAGGAAAAAAAAUAAAAGUUAUGACUUUUAAUAGAAACUAAAUAAUAAUAUACGCUGUAAAGAAAGAGAAAUCUUAAAGAUCUUAAAGAAUUAUGCAUGUUGCUUUUCUGUAAUCACGAUAUAGCAAAAUGCGGAAAUACCAAGUCCGUUUAACGAGGUAUAUUUUAUAUUUGCGGCUUUUAUAAUUCCAUACAAAAAAAAAAAGAAAAAGAAAGGAAAGAACACUCCGCGGGGACCUAAGAUAUAGAUGAUAAUUUAUCUUUAUGAUGUUUACUGUAUUCUCUAUAUGAAACAAAUUUGAUAUUCUGUUGUCGGAUCGUAUCGUGAUUUACUAUGGCUAUUUUAGAACGUUCUAGAUUCAUUUUGUCGCUUUUCAAGGUCUCCGAUGACUUUUUACGGUAAAUGAAGCUGCAUGUAUAAUUCCAAAUGUAAUAGUCAUCUUUAAUAUUUUAAUUGCGAUCUUCUUUAUUUCUUUAUUCUUUGUACGAAAAUUUUAAUGCGUAACUGCGACGGUAAAGCAACGUAUUUCGUCUGCAUGACUGCGACUGUUGUCAAAAGAGCUUGGCCAAAAAAGAUAUUAGACGACCAAAAGGAUUCUUACGAUGUAUUUUCUGGAAAAGUAACGAGAGAAAGAAAGAUAGAGAGAGAAAGAGAGAAAGAAAGCGUGCGAAAGGGAGAGAGAGAAAGAGAGAGAGAGAAAGAGGGGGAGAGAGAGCGAGAGCGAGAGACUCAUUGUGGAAUUUAGAUUUCAAUUCCUGUUGUAUUAGUUGUAAAUAUAUGAGAAAAUAUAACAUACUUUCGAGUAGCUGAGAAAAGUCUAACGUGUUUCACAAGCCAUUCGAUCUGCUAAGAAUCAUUUUCUUCGUGCGGCCUUUCGAAUGAUUUGUAUAUUUUUAUACACCUGAACAACAUAGAGAUGCAUUUGCAGAUACGUUUUAACGAAGAGGAUACACACGAGACAUUCUAUAUUGCAACUCAGAGAUGUUGAAGUUUGUUAUACUCGAAUUUAUUACUAAGUUACCGGGCGAAAACAAAUUUUCUAACAGUAAUCUAAUAAAAUGUAAGUCCCUGCGGGGCAAAUAGGAAAUACGAAGUCCACGAUACCACUUGUACCAUAAAUGUUUUUAUAUCGCAUUACGAGAUUUACGGCAAUCGGUGCUUAAGGUUAAAUUCGAAGAGUCGUAAUGAGUCUGUGUUGUGAUUAGAUAGCUCGAAAGCAAUGCUUGAAAAUAGAUAGAUUCACUGUGACAUAAAUGAAAUAUUACAGAAGAGAACAACCAGCUCUCCGGAAAUCGCAUCCAAAACGUAACGAGAUAUUACGUCGCACCUUACCUCAAUGACUUUUUAAUAAUUUCGGCAGUUGAAGUUUGUACAGGAUAUGAUUUGUUAGAAGAGUAGAAAGAGAGAGAGAGAGAGAAUGAGAGAGAGAGAGAGAGAGGGAGAGCGAUCGAGUGAGAAAGAAAAAGAGAGAGAAAGAGUGAAAGAAAAAUUAAACGACGCGGACACGCAGGAUUUUCUGUGAUAAAUCUUGAUGUUUCCGCGUAUCUUAUUGAACGGCAAAAAUCAGUACGCUCUAUAAGUAUAGACAAUGUGUGAUAUCACACGGGCCCUCUUCCGAAUUCACGAUGUUAACGCGCUGUGCUCACUGAUCCUGAGCUUGGUGUUCAUGUAACAUUUUCGCACGCAAAACCGUCACGUUCGAACUAAUAUACAGAACUAUUUUUUAUCAUAAACAAAAACUCGAAUCAUCUUCGCUCGACAUUUUCCACAUGAGAUAACGCGCGACAGGAUAUCACUUGUAGCCUUCUUCAUCGUCCGUAUUGCGAAGGUGAUACGUACGUGUAAAACCCGGGCAUCCUCUGUCCUUUCUCUCUCUCUCUCUUUCUCUCGGAGAGUCAGAGGAGGAUAAGAAUGAAAAAAAAGAAGAAAAAGGUAUGCACAAUUCGACCGAACGACGGACUCUUGGGCACAGCGCGUUGCGUUUGGCAAUGCAUUAAAGUAUCGCUCCUCAUUUUGACGAUUGUUGAUUUUAACCGAAUGAUUAAGUAUUGUUUGAUGGGAGAAAGAAAGAGAGAAUAUGUAUGUGUGUGUGUAUGUGUGAGUAAGAGUGAGAGGAGUGUGCAGAAGUGUGAUAGAUAAUCGGUGACUCUUAGACGAAUCUAAUUCUUGAUCACACCGGCUGACGAAGCAGCCGGCGGCGUCUAGGCGAUGAAAGCAAGAAGAAAUUUAGAGACGAUUUUUUCGAGGCGCGAGGCAAGGAUAAUAGCGUUGUUAAACAGCAUACCAACCGCGACACCAAGAUCCACGCGAGCACGAACAUGCGAUGCGUGUCGGACACAGCUGUGCGAAUUUCAUUUGCGCGAGGACGCGGCGAAAUGCGUUUCCAAUGUAACGUUCAAUAGCCUCCCAUGAAAGAGAAGAAAGAGAAGAAAAAAAAAAACAAAAUCCGAUGCGCAGGUCGAACUUUUAGACUACUUUCUUCUUUUUUAUUUUUCUUCUAGGAUCCUUUUCGCUUUCCCCAACAUACGCGCGUUCAUUUCGCUCAAGAGUCUCACUACCACCACCACCACCACUAUCAUCACCAUUAUCACCAUCACCACAUCACACCAUCACCUUCAUAUGACGAAUGAAUUUGUCCACUCAACAGCUGUCGUAAAAUGCAAAGUAUUUAAGCCAAUUAGCAGACAACAGAGAUGUAUACAUUUAAUAGCAUAAGAACCAGCCGUGAUUCAUGUUCCAAAUGAUUUGUCGUUGCAUUUUCGAGUACGUAUAGUUUCUUCUUUCUCCUUUCUCGUUCGCGAGAGAGUGAGAAACUCACUCAAUUGCACGUUCAAUUUGCACGAUGAACUAAAUUUGAGUCGUCUCUCGCUUUCCGACAAUUCCGACGAAUCGUUUCAACGCACUCCGUGAUUUUCAAUCACGCACACGCUCGUUAAUUAUCACAGCUCGACGCCUAUUACAGCCAUGACGAAUCUUUCCUUCGUGUGUGUGUGUGUACGCGCGCGCGCGCGCUUGCAUUUCCGACGGUGUAUUUUAGCGUGAAAUCUCACAGAUGCGCGAAACGCGAGCGGCGGAGCCCUUCGCUCCGAAAGAUCCGCUCGUGAGACGCGCGCCGACUUCAUUCGCGGGAUCUUUUUGGAACAUGUCGCGGCGGACGUAAAGUAAACCUAAGUUUCCUAACGUCAUGUGUAAAAGCAUUGUGUUCAGAAACAAAUAUACUAUAAUACGACUGAUGCGCCUGAGAGGCGACGUGCGAGCGUCCUUUGAGAAUUAAGCAUGAUAGAGAGUUGACGAUGUCUUGAUGUCUCGUUCGGCGAUGGCAUGCACCAAUCGGGACAAAAAAAAAUAUAUGGAAUGAAUGCGGAGAGAGAAAGAGAGAAAGAGAGCGUGAGCGAAAGAGAAUGAAAGAGAGGGAGAGAAAGAAUGCGAGAGAGAGAGAGAGAGAGAGAGAAAGAGAGAGAGAGAGAUGAAGAACGAAUUAACAAACAAAAAACCGAUUUAUUAAGAUGAAAAAAAAAUAAUUAACAAAACUCCAUACCGGAUGAAGAAAAAUGAAC